AUGGCAACUUCACUUCUAGGGGAGGAGCCGAGGUUAGGAUCGACUCCUUUAGCCAUGUUAGCUGCAACAUGUAACAAAAUAGGGAGUCCGAGCCCUUCACCGUCCACAGUUUCGGAUAAUUCCUCGUCAUUUGGGAAAGGUUUCCACCCGUGGAAAAGAGCCGCUGCGAGCAGCUGUAGCCUGGGAUCGGGCCUGUCCGGCUUCGGGGUGUCCCGUAAUGGAUCCGGCAUCUCGGACUCUUUCGGCACCAACAGCUCCCCCGGAUCCAGUGCUUUUUCCCUCACGUCUGGUACCUCAUCUAGUUCACACUUUGGAAACGAUUAUUCUGUUUUCCAAGCCUCGGUUUCGAACAGCUCCCAAGAGUCCAGCCACCAGCCGGUUUUCAUCUCAAAGGUGCACACCUCAGUGGACAGUUUACAGGGCAUCUAUCCCAGGAUGAGCGUUGCGCAUCCCUACGAGUCCUGGUUCAAAUCGUCUCAUCCCGGUAUCCCCACAGGAGACGUUGGAACCACUGGAGCCUCUGCGUGGUGGGAUGUGGGAGCGGGAUGGAUUGAUGUUCAAAACCCUAAUGGAGCAGCACUACAAACGUCCUUACAUUCCGGUGGACUCCAGACUUCCUUGCACUCUCCUCUUGGCGGAUAUAAUUCUGAUUACUCGAGUUUAAGUCACUCUGCGUUCAGUACAAGCCCCUCUCCACACCUGUUGACAACCGGCCAGCACCUGAUGGACGGCUUCAAACCGGUGUUAUCCUCUUAUCCGGACACAAGCCCCUCUCCAUUAACCGGGGCAGGGGGGACUAUGCUCUCCGGGGGUCCUCCUACAUCUUUAGCGGGGUCCCCGAGGUCAUCAGCCCGGCGGUACUCGGGCAGAGCCACCUGCGACUGUCCAAACUGCCAGGAGGCGGAGAGACUGGGACCGGCGGGCGCCAGCCUCCGGAGAAAAGGUCUCCACAGCUGUCACAUCCCCGGCUGUGGGAAGGUUUACGGGAAAACGUCGCACCUAAAGGCGCAUUUGAGGUGGCACACCGGCGAGAGACCGUUUGUGUGCAACUGGCUCUUUUGCGGGAAGAGGUUCACGCGUUCCGACGAGCUCCAGCGACAUUUACGCACACACACCGGGGAGAAAAGAUUCGCCUGUCCGGUGUGCAACAAGAGAUUUAUGCGUAGCGAUCACCUGAGUAAACACGUAAAAACUCACAGCGCCGGGGGAUCCGCCGGCUCUGGCUCCGGGGGCAGCGGAGGAAAGAGGGGGAGUGAUACCGACAGCGAGCACAGCGCACCGGGAAGCCCUCCGUGCCAUUCCCCCGACCUGUUGCACCCACCUGAGUCCACCCAGGGAGUAGGCAUGAACGGCCUCUAA